AAAACAACUUUCCUGAUGCAAAAAAACUGGGCGGGGACUGUUUUCAAACCGAGCAGCGAGAUACCAAUGAAAAUGGCGGCCACGGGGUGCGCCAAAUCCACCAGUGGACUAGAGCAGAGGAACAAGCCGAGGCUUCACAUACCUGUGCGGUCUCUGACUCUGGAGGAAGCCAGGUGUCCUGUCUGUCUGGAGAUCCUGUUGGAGCCCGUCACCAUGCCGUGCGGACACUCCGUCUGCCUUCACUGUUUCAAGCGGACAGUGGAGUUGAGCACUUUGUGCUGCCCUUUAUGCCGGCUGCGAGUGUCCAGCUGGGCCCGUAAACAGUCCCGGGAGAAAAGCCUCGUCAACACCGAGCUGUGGGAGAUGGUCCGCCAGAGUUAUCCAGAAAGAUGCAAGCGGAGAAUAGAGCAGAGAGACGGAGCGACGGUUGGGGAAGAUAUUUUUCGUUCACCAACGCAAAUAUUUAAGGCUGGAGAAAUGCGGCAGGAGUAUGAAAAACAAAAGAUUAAGGUGACUGUGGAUGAAGAAACUGAGGAGAGGAAGAAAAAAAUGCUUCACUGUAAAAAGGAAGAAUCUGGAUUGCUGCACUUCCAAGAUCCUUCUUUUGGAGUCCUGUCAGACUCUGAAAAUGAAGAACCUAUAGGCAUGAGGACCAGGCAUGUAUCAGCAUUUGUGCGGAAAACAAGGUUCUCCCCAGCGUUCAGCAGAAGUUUUCAGAACAGUGUUGUCCAAAGGAGCCGAAGCUGCACUGACUCUGAGGAAGGCAGAGGAAAAAUCCGAGCACUAUCACACAUUUCUGUGCAAGAGAAGGCCGGAGUUACUCAUAGUUUCAACGCUGGAAUCCUCCUGUCCUCUGAGAACAGUCGUUCCUUUUCAGCACCUGUUCUCCCUCUUGACAAGAGGCAUCACUGGCGCUCCAUAUUAGCCUCUCCUGCUACCUCCCUAGUGCCUCACGCUAAACCAGAGAGAUCAAUCAGCCCUGAGAGCAAUGAUAGCAUCUCAGAAGAGCUGAACCACUUCAAGCCCAUCGUCUGCUCCCCAUGCACCCCACCGAAGAGGCUCCCAGAUGGGCGGCUAAUGGAGCCCACUAUUGUCAAGUCCACUCCAAGGAACCUGACCCAGAGCCUCCAAAAAACCACCACCUAUGAAGCCAGCCCCACCAUCCUGCAGAAGUGGAAGCAGAUUGAAGUAGAUCGUCAGUGCAUCAAGGUCACAUCCAAAGGCACCAUCACCAGCCCAGUGGCAGACGAUCUAACAGUCAAGCAGAGCUCUGGAGAAGAGGCGAAGAGCAAGUCCUGCAGUUGUGUUCCAGUGGAGAAGGACUUGCAAAGUCAGAAAUGCACUUGCAGUCCAAAUACAGAUGUUCAUGGAAAGAAGAAGCAAAAGUCUUUGUUGAGUAAUAAACGGCGGUUGAUUUUUGAUCCGUGUAGCAGGGAGGGAGACACCCAAUCAACAGUAAAUGUAGUCCCUGCAUUGAUAACACUAGAGAGUUCUGAUACUCACAAGUCACGCAAUGCUUGUGAAACACAUUGUUCAUCUUCUGAACAGGGUGGAAACUUUAAAUCGGUUGACAAAUAUGCUGGAGUAAGUCAUUGUAAUCAGGGUACUGAGGACCUCCGAGACUCAAGGAAGGAGUCCACAGUCAGGAGCUGUGUACCCAACAGACCUACCUCAAGAAAGGGCAAGAAGAGGAGCCAGAAGACCAAACAUUUAGAAUUGACUGGGAAGAUAAAAAUAGCCAGGACAGAAAGUUGUGACGCCUGCGAAAUGCAACAUGGGGAGAGUGAUUUCUAUGUUAGACGGAUGAAUCAAGAAAGAAAGGACAGAGAACUGGCACUAAAGCUACAAAGACAAUAUGACAAAGAAUGCCAGAUUAUAGAAAGGCAUAAGACAAGUUCUGAUAAAUAUUCUCUACGGUCCUGGGUCUCUGUAGAUGGUAGAACAGUGCAUAAUCCACGCAGAUCAGGAAGAAUUUCUAGAAGGGUCAAACACUUCAAUUGUAAAUCUUAAAUCAAGAUGGGAGAACAAAAGCAACUUGCAGAAGGACAAGUCUUGUUAUCUGUAGGGCAGAUAUGUUUUGGAAUAGUCCAUGUUUGAAGACUAGCUAUGCUUGUCAUUUCAUUUUCUCCCCAUAAAAUAUUGCAUGUUAAAAAGAGUUUAUCUGAAAAUUUUAUAUGAUAUGGAUAUAACAGGAACUUUUGCCCUCAACAUAUUUUGCUUCAGAGAGCUCAAUUUACUGAAAGACAUUAAAAUCCCAUCAAAAACUAGCAGUAAGAUUUCCCUCCAGGACUGUUAUUUUGAUUUAUUAAGGUCUUUGAAGAGGAAUAGCCUACCUUUAUGCAAUAUAUAUUAUCUGUGUAAAUCUAAUGUUUUAUUUUGUUAAAAUCCAGAACGGCACUAAUAUGGAAAUGCUGAAUAUCGGUUGUAAUUUAACAACAAUUAGCUCUUCAUUUCUUUUUUUAUUAACAAACCAUAUUUCUUAAGUGCUCAGUAUGUAUGAUGUCAAUGAUACUGACUUGAAUUCCUGGCCAAUAGACACAUACAGUGCUUUUAUCCAAAUUUGGAUAGCACUAUAAAAGCUUUAUAUACAUUACCCAACUUGCCUCAUUUGU